UAACCAACUAUAUUACCGAAUGACGUUUCUGAUCCGCGAUUGCUCUGAGUUUGCUAUGUGUACUUUAUGGCAGUUAGCUAGCGGGAUCGUUCAAUAUAAACGACGCCUAGUCGGUAGCUAAAUAGGUCGCUAGCUUUUGUGGAAAAGUAGCUGGCUGUCGUUUUGUCCUGGAUUGGGUUAACGUUUGUAUUUAUCUGGUUAUCGUUCGGUAGUUGCCUGAGAAUAGAUAGUCACUUCUUUGUCGCUGAGUUAGCCUACUGUUCGUUGGUUGGUUAUUUGCGAAGACAGUUAUUUUAUAUAACUCGUUUAGCUUUAACUUUAGCUUUAGCUUAAGGUAACCAGCAAGCUGUUCAACUUUGUUUUGCAAAACUGCCAGGUCUGCCGUUUUGGCAGAAGCUGUGCACAGUAGCCUACGGCAGAUGUGGGUGCAGCCGUGGGCCCGAACUGAGGAGAGAUGUCAGAUGGACUGGACUCUCGCGUGACCGAGCUGGGAUCCACCGGCUUCCUCUCGUCCCUGUUGGAGGAGUGGGUGGGGCUAGAGAAUUUGGAAGGCUACCUCAGCUACCUGGACUACCUGGUGUGGGUUUUCACCCCGCUGGCCGUGGUCUUCAUCCUUCCACUCUUCAUAGUACUGUUCCUCUACCUGUCCAUCCUCUUCCUCCACGUCUAUAAGCACAAGAACGAGCUGCGCGAGGCGUACUCGUAUAACCUCUGGGAUGGGGCGCGGAAGACGCUCGCGACGCUGUGGGACGGGCACGGGAGCAUCUGGCACGGCUACGAGAUCCACGGCCUGGAGAAGAUUCCAGAUAAAGGGCCGGCCCUCAUUGUUUACUACCACGGAGCCAUUCCCAUAGACUAUUACUACUUCCUGGCCAAGGUGGUCCUGCACAAAGGAAGGAUGUGCCACUCUGUCGCUGACCACUUCCUGUUUAAGGUUCCAGGGUUCCGGCUCCUGCUGGAGGUGUUCAGCGUGUUCCACGGGCCGCGGGAGGAGUGCGUGCGGGCGCUGAGGAGCGGGCACCUCCUGGGCAUCUCCCCGGGGGGGGUGAGGGAGGCGCUCUUCAGCGACGAGACGUACCCCCUGCUGUGGGGCCGCCGCCACGGCUUCGCCCAGGUGGCCAUCGACGCCCGAGCGGCCCAGCAGGCAGUGCAGUCUCUGAUUGAUCGGCACCAGAAGAUCCCGGGAAACGUUUUUCGGGCGCUCCUGGAGCGGAUCUACACCAAACACAAAGAACCGUAAGGACACGGAGGAGACCGCAACAUAGUACAGAGGAACCCGGUACAGCACAGAGGACCCCACAGCACAGUAGAACCUUCCUCAGCAUAGAGGAACCCACAGCACAGUAGAACCUUCCUCAGCACAGAGGAACCCACAGCACAGUAGAACCUUCUUCAGCACAGAGGAACCCACAGCACAGUAGAACCUUCCCCAACAUAGAGGAACCCACAGCACGGUAGAAUCCGGUAUAGAACAGAGGAACCCAUGGUAUAUCACACAAGAACCCUCUACAGUAUAGGAGAACCCACAGUGUAGUACAGACUCAGAGGUGUCUGUGCAGCAUGUGGGAACCAGCAGUAUAGUACAGGAGAACCUUCUUCAGUUCAGAGGAACGCACAGUAUAGCACUAAAGAGCCCGCUACAGCAAAGAGAACCUGAGAGAACCCAGCAUAGAACAGGGAACCCCGCUGCUAUACGGGAGAGCCCACAGAGAGGGGUGUUUUGGGGUCCUCUGACAUUAAGAGGUAUGUUAGCUGCACACAGGGGAGGGAUGGUGCUUCUAUUCACAGUUUACAACAGACAGACAGACAGACAGUAGACAGACAGAUAGGCAGGCAGGCAGGCAGGCAGACAGGCAGACAGACAGACAGAAAGAUAGAUAGGGAGACAGACAGACAGACAGACAGACAGUCCUGCUGUGGGGAUGCUUUCCCACAGUACUCCUGUAUAACCUGUAAUGGGUCAUACUGCUACAGAUCAGUAUACUGUGUGUGUGUGUGUGUGUGUGUGUGUGUGUUCAGCACAGAUUAUCUGACUGAUUCUCCUGUCCUCUUUCCGGAGCGAUCAUGUGAACCGUAGAUAGCUGUGCUCAGGAGUAUUUACUGUAGCUCUGGUAAAGAGCAAAGUCGGUUUAUACAGGCUCUGUCCUGUACACAAUGGCCCCUCUGUUUUAGCUCUGUCAGAUCCCUCAGGUGUAGAUGGUAACUUAUGCAGCCAUAACUGAUACACGAUUAAAGGAUCAAAAUGGGAAAAAGAAAAUGCGUAUUUGCAGGACAAUCAUCAAAUGCGAGAUAAUUUAUUAUUUUAUUGUAUUAAUUAUUGUAUGUUUACUUGAUUUUAAACACCAGAUUUCAUAAAUUAAAAAUUAAUUAUAUUUGCUCUGCAGUUCGAAACACCUUCUGUAUGAGUCGUCUUGUGGGGAUUUACUUGAUAACGUUGAGAGAACUGUUCCUUUAUUUUUAAAAAUGUGUCCGUUGCACGCAGCAGGUUUUGGCGAUCUUUCCGUGUUUCUGAGCUGGUGAAGAAAGCGAGAGGUGUGUUUUAAUGGGAGGUGUGAGCUUUCGGUUUAGAUGAGAAACGGGCCCUGUUUCUCUGAGUCGUGGGUAGAAGGACGGACCUGAUCUCCCUUCUCAAAAGCCCCAAGCGGGGACCGCAGCGCAGAUGAGAGGGGCAAGCUUCUCUUAUGGAUUACAGGACCUGGCAUCAGAACAGCGGUUAGCAAAUUAAACAACCUCUUCAUUAAGCAUUAUGAGUUGGUUGUGGGGAUCCAUCUGAUCUUUAACUCUAGACUCAAGACUCGACGCAUUGGAUUCUGGAGACCUCAAUAGCUGCUAGCAAAUGUUCUAAAAUGCAGUAGUUCAUACUAAACAGAGAACUCUGUUAAACCAUCUCAUUGCCGAUAUUACUUUCCCAUCUGACCUUUCCUUUAAAUAGCUACAGCAAUGACAGAGGCAGAGAUGCAUCCUAAUGUGUCCAUGUUGGCCCAGGUGUAUACUGUUACCUGUUCUAAUGCCUCCAUGUUGGCUCAGAUGCAUACUGUAACCUGUUAAUGCCUCCAUUUUGGCUCCAAUGGAUAUUGUAACCUGUACUAAUGCCUCCAUGUUGGCUCAGAUGCAUACUGUUACCUAUUUUAAUGCCUCCAUGUUGGCUCAGAUGCAUAUUGUAACAUGUUCUAAUGCCUCCAUUUUGGCUCAAAUGCAUACUGUAACCUCUCCUUGUCAUUCAUAUUGACCUAAAAUUUCUGCAGUGUCCGAUUAUUCAUCAGCGCUUCCUUGUCAGUAUGAGUUUUCAGACGGGGACUUCCUCCCUACGGGACAAAAGAUCAUUGUCUCUGGCUUUGACUCACUUCCUCUCGUAUUUCUCAUUUUCUGUCUUAGUUUCGUCUUGUUGAAUUUAGGUGAAUUGCCUAUCGUUAAAAGAGAAAAAUAGGGCGCAAUUCUUAAAAAUUCUGAAAAAUUCAGGGACCAUAUUUUUUGAUGUCAAAAGAGAUUAAAUGAUGACUCAAUAUUGUAAUUGUGGGCUGCUGUAGAUGUGAGGGAAAAAUCAGUUAUGCACUUUUAUAUAAAGGUUGUUUUAUAGUGGUUACAGUUGGUCUUUAAAUCUGAUGUUUAUUACUUAUGUAAAUUUCCUAAGUGUGAUUCUUAUUAGAACAUCCCAAAUUUAGCCUACAUGUUUUAUGCUUCUACAAGACCAAAAUUCACAAAGAUAUUUUAAACCUUCUGUGAAAAAUGAUUCCAUAUUAGCACACUAAACCAUUGUUCAGAGUGAGCAGCUUCACCAGAGCAGCGGCAGUACCUCCACUGGCCCGUAGAGGGCGAAAAGGCAAGAGCAGCGGUGGCCUCCCGCCGGUCUCUGCUCAGUUCUUUAAUCGUGGGAAACACCUGCUCCUCCAAACAAUGACUGCGUUUCCUACAGCUGUGCUAAUGGCGGGUGAGCUAGCGUACGCUAGUGAGCUAGCGUGCGCCAGCGCUUCCUGCUUCUCCACAACAGCUUCUGGGCUUCAGCAAUGCUUCAGCUGUGCUUCAGCCGCACCCUCUCACUGUCUGAAGCCUGUGCUACUGCCCCUACUAACCCCCUUGGUCCUCAUUAUGACAGGGCAGGAGGAGGGGUAGGGGUAAUCACUGGUGGCUUGCUAUCGCGUUAUGGAUGUUGGCAGCCAUGUUUGAUUGGGGCGUCUGGGGUUAGUCCCAAGCAGGCAUUGUGUGGCGGGUGAUUUAGUGAGGCUGGCACCACUGAGGCCUGACGGUGGGCAGGGAGGUGGGCAGCAGGCACGAGGCGCAGCGUUUUGGGCUCAAACACAGCUAGCAAGGGCGAGCUCAACCUGCCUGGCUGGGGAAACCAGGCCCAUGACUGGGGAACAGAGUCAGGCCUGGCGGACAUUACCGCGCGCGCACGUGUGUGUGUGUGUGUGUGUGUGUGUGUGUGUGUGUGUGAUAAACGUGCGUGUGUGUCAUAACCAUGCACGCGCCUGUGUGUCAUAACCUUAUGUGUGUGUGUGUGUGUGUGUGUGUGUAUGUAUGUUUGUGUGUGUGUGUUUUAACAUCGCUCACGCGUGUGUGUCCAUCCGUCCACUUCAGCCAGUUAGCGCAUGACUGUGGGUACAGAAACCUGUUAAAAUCGUAUGAAAGAGUGAAAGUUCAGUGAGGAGCGGGCCUUCCAUCUUCCUUUCUGAGGUAAUAUGUUUGCAUGUUAACCUCAAUUACCAUGCACGCAAAAUGGUGUCAGCAUAUACCAAAUAAAUUUUGCAUUACUUUCUUAAAAAAAAAUAAAAAAUUAUGUUUCAUAACAAUCUGUUCAAAAUAUGUGUGCCUUGUUCUCUGAGGUGACCAGUUGUUAAGUUGUUACCCAUUUGUCUUUCAGGAUCUGCAAUAAGUGUUAAUUAAUUUUUGAUCAAAUCAUGUUGCAAAAUAAAGAAUGUUUUGCGGUAA